CAUAAUGACGUCAUCGGCGGCGGUGGAUGACAGCGUAGGAGAAAUAGCGAGGCGGUGGUUAGAAAUUGAGAAAAUAACUUCCAUCUCUGCAACGGAUUGUCUUCUGGACCGCCCGUGUCAUUUGAAACACGUAGCAUGGAAAUUCAACGAAACCUACAAUGAAAUCUGGAUCGACGGGGUCCUCGGUGUCGUUCUUACGGCAAAUCAGCCUGCUGAAAACGGAGAAUUGCGGACAAAAGUCUACUACGACGUUGAAACCGACAAAACGGACGCGAAGACUAAAUAUUAUUCGAUUGAUUUGACGGAUUUGGCGCGUUGGCAUCUUGCAUGGCUUACGGAUCCAAAUGUUUGGAUUGAUUCGGCUACGAUUGAUAUGGAAUUCGAUCAAAAGCUGUUGGUGGAAAAGCGAAAAUUCCAAAUCAAAGAGCUGAAUAUAUCGGUUCAAGCCAAUUAUCCAACAGUUCAUGGAUGGCUUCUUCAUAUGUAUCAAGACGUCGAAUCGCUCAUUUUUCGGGGAAACGGAAUUCUCGAUGCGAACAAGUUUCUGCAGUUGCCAUUUGCCGCCCGUCUCCGUAAGCUGCUGAUACUGUACGAAAGCUCAUUUGAUGACAGAUUACUGGUACAAUUGACUGCCGAACAUCUCCAGUUGGCAUCGGAUUUUAUUACCGACGUUGGAAUUAAUCGCCUACUUCAUCGUUGGAACGAUUUCAACUAUCCGAUUCGCUCGUCGUUUGUGAUCUACGUUCAGAUUAAUAAUUCGGAAGCCGUCGUCAAAUCAUUGGAUGUUAUGGAGGCAGUGCACAACGAAAAUGGUGUCUCGGAAUACCUGAUCGAAAUGGCAAAUCCAAAUGCCCGAAUGCGUGUGAUCACCCGUCCCAGCUCUGUCAUUUGCACAGUGUUCGCUGUUAACAAUUCACAGGCGCCGCCUCCGUUCUCAAUUCCUGAAAUUGCGGACGAUACUACACAACCCCAACAUUAAAUGCAUAAUUUAUUCUUGUUUUCACCUUCCCCCGCUUGAUUUUCAGUCUUUCUUCGUUUCUUCCUUAAAAAUCUGCAAAUCUCGCACCUUGCCACACUUCACAACACAGAAUUGGUUGAUCUUUGGUUCUUAUCUUAUUUAUUUUUUAUAUUUUGGGAAUCUUUUUUUUUUUUAAUUUUUGCAAUUUCUUAUUCUCGUUGAAAAUGUAUUUAUAUAUAUCUUCUCACCCACAAUUUCUCUCAAUUCAUUCACUUUUUUGGUCGUUUUUGUUAGUUUUUAGCCCAGUUUUUCACUGAAAUCCCGCGUUUUCUAACACAAAUUGUAACAUAAAUCUCGAGUAGUCUGAGCAUUUCUUUUUGAGAAUUUUCACUUUAACUCUAACCAUAAAACCAUAAGCUCAAUGAAACGUAUCUUUGUC